UUAUAUGAUAGUUUUGCGCAAGAGUGGCCGGGGAGUGUUAGUACACAGCCUCGAACAUACAUAUAUAUACCUGGGAUUUGACUCUACUAUUAUCAGUCACUUAAUUCCUCUCAAAUAAAUCAAAAGUAACACCAUUUUAAACAAAAUGAAAGUAUUCGCAUGUGUAGUCCUCCUUGCCGUCGCUGCCUUCGCAGCCCCAGAAGGCAAACGUGACAAGCGUGGAUUCCUCCAUGGCGGGUUCAGCAGCAGCUACGACCUCGGACACAGCUCCUACGAUCUUGGAUUAAGCCACGGUUUCGAUGAACAUAUCAGUUACUCAGCUCCGGCCAAGAUCAUCUCCAGCCACAAAAUUGUGGAGGUCCCUAAGGUGGUGGAAGUUAAGAAGAUUGUGUCUGUGCCUAAGAUAGUGUCCGUACCACAAGUAGUAAAGGUUUCGAAGAUAGUAGAAGACUCUCACUACGUUCCUUCUCUGUCUCAAGGCUGGUGGUGAAUGUGAAUCAGAAAUUUAGAUAAUAUAGUCAAUUUAUAUAUAUAUUUCCACCAAAAGUCUUAAGAAUGAUUCAUAGCCAAAUUAAGCUGCGUUUGAAUAUGAGCUCAUUUGAUGCAAUGUAAAAUUAUUGUUCCGAGGCUUGUAACAACCAAAAGUAAUUUUAAUAUAAUAAAAAUAUUUUUUUAUCUA